AAGUCAGCCACUUCCCACCCGAGUCCAGAACAACCAAGCUCUCCGAAAUUCGACGUACUUUGAUGCGGGUGGCCAAAUCUAGUCGCAUUUUUUUUCACGGGUGUAAAUUUAACGGGAUGACCAAUACAAGUUGCUUUUUGUGAGUUUUGAAGAGGCAACAGCAAGCAGACAUAUUCUAAGAAUCAACGAUUGUGAAGGAGAAAAAGGGGGCUACUCAACUUUGAAGAAGUCUUACUGACGACUUAAACUUCAAAUACGGGUUAAUUCAUGCAUCCAACAUCCGUUUUAUCCUGCGACAAAAGCGUCGAUUAUCUGAACAUACUCACUGAAAUAGAGGAAGACAUUUUGUUGUUCAAAAUCCAUUCUGGAGGCAUUGAAGUUUGGCCUGAAUCUGUCGAAUACGAACUGGCCCCUCUCAUCAGCGCUUCAACACUAGAGCUUUUCGACCCUUUCGACUACAUCAAGAACCAAGCACUUUCAUCUGAAACGAGCCCACUUUCGCACAAUAGCGAUUCCUCCAGUGCAGAGGUAAAAUUGGUGUCUUCCCAAAUGGGAAAGCGACGCCCUAGAUGGCCUACGUCUACUGAUGGCACUCAAUCUUCGGAGAUUGCUCCUUUGGGAGGCACGGUGGCGCUUGAAACUUUUGAUAACCAAUUGAGCGCUGUUAAAAAAAAAAAAAUUAUUGGACCUUCGAAGCCAUUUGUAUUUGAACCAAACGAUUUUUCCGAUAACGGUGAAAGCCCACUUGAAAAUUUCCAUAAUGUAGCCUCUCAUCGCGGUAUUACAACAGAGAAUGGUCAUAAACCGCCGCUCGAUUGCUUGCAAGCCAAUGGCUUGGUAACUUCUUAUUCUAAAGGACGUUAUUGGAACCAAUUCAAUACACCUACUAAAUUAUUUACUUCUAAAUUUUUCAAUCGCCAAACCGUUCGAUGCCACGUUUGCGGAGACCUUCAUGUAUCUUCCAAGUGUCCUAGUCGCCUAUGUUAUAAUUGCUAUAUUCCCGGACAUCACUGUCAAAAUUGCAGUCAACCGCGCGGCAUUGCCAAGCAUCAGUGCUGGAGAUGUGAGAGUUACGGACACCUCUCCGCUGAUUGUCCUACUCUAUCCGACACGACUAAGAACAAAGCAGGCGAAAUUGCUUGCUGUAACUGUAGUGGCACUGGCCACUUACCCUGGAAAUGCAAAACCAUGAAUAUGGAUAGAUUAGAGGCCUAUAUUAAACACAAUGGGGUUGAUAAAUGGCUUUACACUUACUACCAGAAGCGGCUCAAAGAUGUAAUCCGUUCUGAUUUGUUAAUUUUUCCAAAACAAGACACUUCUGCUUCUCCUAAAUUGCACUCACCAUCUACUUCGAGUUCUUCUUCCGAGGAUGAAGACAUCAUAAUUAUCGAUUAAUACUCUCUCUGGCUUUUUCGUUUCAAUACUCUUGCAUUCUUUACUUUAUUCCUAUCUUCUUCAAUUUUUAAACUCAUACCUUUCCUGUUCUAAGUCCUAGACAUGUCAGGCCUUGUAUGUGUAUCCUCAUGUAUUCCUACUUUUUUUGCAGAGCUCAAAAUAGAUUGAACUGUGUCCUCGCUCCAACAACCGCACUAUCUGUACAUUUCUACAAACUGAUAUCACCAAAAGAAACGUCUGUAAGAAGAAUCUCGAUGACUUGGAGCAUUAGGAUACCUGUCUCCUUUGGUCUUAAUUGUAAAAUAGUCGAUUGAAUUAGAGAAAAAAAUAAAUGUUCUAUGCUCUUGUGUCGUCAUCUGGCUUCAAGAAAAAUGCUUAAGCCUUCUUCAAAGACAAACGAUUUUACCUGAAAUUGAAGUACCUACAGACUGGUAUACGGCUAAAAUUCAAAACAGCUCUCCUCUCCUUGAUCAAUUCAAAUACAAUCUAUGUUCAUCUAUCACCUAGUUUUUAU